CAUCUCAUUUAGAGGAGAGGUCUCCAUUUGUUCAGUCAUGUUGUUUAGAAUCCCCUGCUUAUUUCUUGCUCUCUUGUUUUGGGGUCCGAUCGGCGGUGGGCCCCUGACGGACCCCCAUCCCAACAUAACGGACCAGGAGCUGUUCUGGGGCGCCGACCAGUACGACUUCUCCGUGGUGCUUCGUGCUGCGGGAAUGGAGUGUUUCUGGCACUUUGCUCACCGUGGAGAGAGAUUCUACCUGAACUUCAUGGUCCAGUGGGUGACGGGAGUCGGCCAUGACAGACACCUGUCUGUCAAUGUCAACGCUCCCAGUGGUCUAAUAGUGUCGACUGUUGAUGAGGCAAAGGGUCAAAUCAACUUUGAGGCAGAGGAAACAGGUUUCUAUCAGAUGUGUUUUAGCAACUUCCACAACCGCUUCGGCACCAUGCAGAUCUCCCUCAGCUUCGGCGUUUACUACGACGGCUUCCAGGACUCCAACAAACGCAAGGAGGAAGAGAAGAAGAAGAAAGAGGAAGCCAGCAAAGACCUGAACAACACACUGAGCGUCAUAGAGGAUGCGAGUCACAAAGUGGAGAACUACGUCUUCCACAUGUUCCGCUACUACAGCUUCGGCCGCAUGAGGAAGAGCGCCGACUACUUCCUGCUGCUGUCCAACUCGCAGUACAUCACCUGGUGGUCGACGGCCCUCAGCCUCCUCAUCGUCACCUCCGGCUACCUGCAGCUGCUCUUCCUCAAAAGACUCUUUGUCACCAAAACGUGCACCGAGGACGAGAAGCCCCGCUGCUGAUAGCCUCCGAGUGGUUUAUUCAAAUCUGUGCAGCCACGACUGAGACUAAAAGGCUGCUGGCCAUGUUUCUUUCUGGUAUUGUGUUUGUGUGCUUCUGUUUCUUUACACAGUAAAAAUACAAAAAUACAAAAACUUGAUUUGAAUCUUCUUCUUUAAAAAAAAUACCAUAAAUGUGAUUUCUGUAAGUAAUUAGCAUUUCUUUUGUUAUAAUCACCUGAAAAUUAGAAACUGUUGUGUUUUCGUUGGCUUAGAAUUAGCCGUAUUCAUCACUGGCUAUAGAUAGGACCUUAUGAGUUUCCCAGCCACGACUUCACGGUCCGUUCUCAUGCCAACAUCGUCAAAUACAGACGCGACAUGUGUUCAGUUAGUUUCAUUCUGCAACUUCACCACUAGAUGCCACUAAAUCCUAAGAUAUUGAUGUUUAUUUUUGUUGAUUUGUAACUGUUGGAUACUAAAUGCUGAUCAAUAAAGGUUAUGUUUCCUCUUCCUC